UAUACAUAUAUUAUUGCGCGCGUGUGUCGCUGGUUUACUAGUGCCACGUUGGCAAUCGAGUUUCUAGCGCUGCAUAAUUAUCGCCAAGAGAACUUGUAAAUUGCGUCAGUUUUUGUACCGGUGUCUUCAGACAAUAACGGACAUUGAAAAUGUGAAAAAAUGUCGACGUGAAAAUAGUGUCCAGGUGCAAAGCGGUUCGCGCGGACGGUGCGCUCCAAGGUGGGGCGAGGGCAGGUUCGAGUGAAUUGUCGGCUCUUCCUCGAAUUACAAUUUUACAUUGGCCAGCGACGAUCGUAUACGUAUAAUCGAAUGCUAAGCUAGCGCAUCGCUACCGAUAUAGCGUCGUAUGGUCGGUGGCUCAGUUUAAUGGCAGCGUGAGAAAUUAGUGCGAUCACACGGUUAUAAUUGGGAGUUCGAUAUAUACCAAAUCAGAUAGUAAUGUCGUCAGAUAUGAACCUGUUCGAUUUGCUAGAAGACACGUUUCUUAAAGGGGACGUUAAGGAUGAGCUAUUCGUUGAUAAUUAUGGCGACGAUGUCAUCACGGCGGAGGAAUGUCCGACGAAUCCCGACGACUUAUUUGCCUCGAUCUUGAAGAUGGAGGAUGAUUCGCAACUCGAUUUCAACUUGAUCGGCAAGGAUCUGGAAACAGUCCCGUCCUCUUCGUCGGACAGUGGACUUUCCAGUAUAUUGAGUCUUCCCUACGAACAGCAAUUGAGUCCGUUUUUGUCGAGGACGGAUAAUAAUGCGGAGGAGCAGAUCGAGAUCAGCAAUUCCGAUUUGAGCAGUCCACAAGACUAUGUAGAUUUCGAACCUGCAGCUAGUCCGUCUCUGGGCAGUAUGGACAGCCCCGUCAGAUCUGUCAUGAGUUCUAAUAUUGGUUCACCAGCCACUGACGUGGUCGAAGAGAUGGACUAUGAACAAACUCUGGUUGCUGUUGUAACGCCAAACAAUACUAUGUCAAACACAAACACUACUAUUGCCACAGAGCAAUCGAUUUUUGACAUUGACCCAGCACCUAAACAAGAAAUUCGUAUUACGCCACAGGAAAAUACUAUGAAUGUUCGCAAUUUGGCAUGUAAUGGAAAGCAGAAUAUUCGACAAUUGAUCCGCGUCACUCCUGUGGGUAAUGGCUCUGGUAAUCCACGGUCUAUUUUAUUGCCAGUGAGUCUGAAAGACAUGAAGGAAGUUCGAACUAUUAAAAUCAUGACAGCCACUCAAGCGAAAAAUCUGAAAGGCUUUAAAAUCAAUCAAGCAAACAUUAUCAAUAAACCUGUUCAGAUGACUAUUAAGCAAGAGGAUUCCAGCAGUGAUAAAAGUUCCAACUCGAGUGACGAGGUGCCGUCGGAAACGGAUUCACCUUAUCCGCGGCUCAAGUUAAACUCCGAAGAGAAGCGACUAUUGCAAAAAGAGGGCAUCACAUUGCCAAGUCAUUAUCCAUUGACCAAGCAUGAAGAGCGUGAAUUAAAGAGAAUCAGACGUAAAAUUCGUAACAAGAUAUCCGCGCAAGAUUCUCGUAAGAGAAAAAAGGAAUACGUGGAUGGCUUGGAGGAUCGUGUGAAACAGUGCACGGAGGAAAAUAUAAGUUUGCUGAAGCGGAUCAAGGUCUUACAGUCGCAAAAUCAAAGUCUGGCCGGUCAAUUAAAGAGACUACAAACGCUUAUACAAAAAGGCAACAAGAGCGCCCAACCAGCAACUUGUCUAAUGGUCUUGCUGCUUUCGUUAGCUCUCGUCGCUUUACCGAACUUGCGACCACACUCCAACAAUAAUAAUAACGAUCUAACUCAAAAGCAGGAGCAAUCAGAGAAAGCAUCAUUGGCGGGCCGCUCGAGGACUUUAUUGUAUACAAAGCAAUUAAUGGACGAAGAACUACAGCAAUAUGGCGAAGAGCUGUUGCAAGAAGUUGAAGGCCUCUUAGACCAUGAUUACAGUCCGGUAAUGCAGAUGCCUGUUUAUAAACGUGCCCGCAUUGACAAUGAAGUCGCAACUAAGUACAUCUCUUCUAUGAACCAUGUGGGAGGAACGCUUGGUUUAAAACCAUAUCUUACUAUUUCAAAAACAAAUAAACAGUAUAUCGAGCCACCAUUGGACGAUAUAUGGCCACCGCCAAAUCCUGGCGGACGGAAGACAGUCAAAGUAAUAAACAAGAUUGAGACUCUUACUAACGAAUUCAAAAUCAACAUCUCUGAUACUGAAGGCACUAGAACAGUUCUUGUCCAGAUGCCUCAUGAUAAAUAAAAUAAAAUACGUUUCUCGCAAUGGUGCACCAUGCUUGAUAAUCCAUGAAAAGUAAGCAGAAACCAUAUGUAAGGUAACAUUAGAACAGCAACGACAAACGGGACAAAUAUGUUUCCUUCGUUUUAAAAUAUUACUAAUGCCCAAUUGUUCUAGCAAAUCUUUUAUAUCCGAAACAAUAGCUACAUUCAGAAAAUACAAUGGUUAUGCAACUAUUGAGUAACAAUUGUCUAACUAUUGUUAUAUGUCUAUAGAUCUAACGAUAUCAAAAUAAUUUUUUAAAAGCUAAUCUCAAUUAUAGUGUUUUUUAAAUGUAGAGUCAAUAUAUUUUUCAAAUAUAUUUGCUAUUGACUUUAUUAUUUACUUUAUAAUAUAACAAUUUAUUUAAUAUUAAUCUGUAAACCGCAAGCGACCAUAGCUAAACAUUUUUGCAAGAAAAAAUUUAUAUAUAUUUUCUUUGGGUAAUAUGAUCUAUAUACAUAUAUAAUGUGGAAAUUUUAUAGAAAUUGUCCAAGAAUUUUUAAAGAUUAGACAAUAUAUAUUAAAUAUUUAUUUAUGAAAGCUAUAUAUAAAUACUUAUGAGAGUCUUAUGAUUAUAAGCAUUACUCAUAAUUUUUGAAAUUAUAUAUGAAAAAGAUUUUUGUAAAUAAUUAUAAUGUUUGUCAUAAAAUUUGUUAUACAUUAUUAUAGCUUUAAUGAUAAAUGCAAUAUAGCUCUAUAAUUAAUAAAGAUAUAAGAUAAGCAUGUGAAUUAUACAUUUACAAUUAGUUAUAUGUAAAUAUAUUCACACAUAUGUGAAUGAUAUCUACGUCAAAAAAAAAAGUAUAAACAUAUAAUAAUAGGAUGGUGUAUGUAUGUGCUAAUGUGUUAAUUAUAUAGUCAAUAGUUUCAAUUUUUUGAUUUUACACUAUCUUUGGAGUCUAUCUCUCAGUUUCAUAUACAUUUAAUAUUGUCACUUUAUAAUCAAAGUAUAGUUUUAAUAUUGCCUAAAACAUUUUGAUGUUUAAUACAAAUCUUUUUUUUUCUAUUUUAUAAGGUUUCUAUUUUGAAGGUAAUAAAAUCGAAGAAAAUUAUAACUUGGUGGUUGAUUAUAAUUAAGUUGUAUUUUGUACAUCGACUUAAGAAUAUCUGUUUAAAAUAUCUGGCAUUAAAUCUUAUAAACUCUAUAAAAUUUGGCUAACUUAUAUUUGUAAAUAGUGUGUUCUUAUAUAUAUGUAAAAUACAAUUUUAUUGAUAGUCUGACCACCAAAUUAUUUUCUUCGAUUAUUAGUAUGUAUAUAUAUAUUUCUAUUUUUCGUCGAUCACACUUCUAUGUGAUAUUUAUCUUAUUAAAAAAAUAAUGUUUAGAAUAUAUAUAUAUAAGUAUCAUGAGCAUAAAAGUUAUGAUAUAUGAUUGUCACGCAGAUGUGACAAUAUAAAUCAUUCAUGUGUGUAAAUCACCCAUGCAAAUAAAGAGUUAAUACAAAAUAAUGAGUAACGAAUUGUUUAACUCCAUAAUUUUGUAUGUAACAAAUAAGACGAAUUGAAACAUGGCAUGGUUUUUGUCGACUUUAAAGACUGUAUUAUAUAAAGAAAGUAUAUUGAUUUUAUUUUAAAAUAUUACUCGCUUAGUAUAAGAAUAAUUUUAUUUUUUAUAUUAAA